AUGGCUACCGAUCCUCAACCCCAGCUUGAGACGGUAGUCGUACCUACCCCCGAGAUGCUCUAUGCAACGGAAGCAGAUUCCACCGACGCGUCACAACUAACCAUCCCAGAACAGCGUGACGAUGCCUCUGCAACCGCAGAAGCAAAAGCAGAGGAAGGACCGUCAUACAAACUCAAAUUCUGCACUGUUUGUGCAUCAAAUAACAACCGCUCCAUGGAAGCACAUUUACAGCUGUCGCGUUCAUAUCCGGUCAUCUCCUUCGGGACAGGAUCAUUAGUGCGUUUGCCAGGUCCCUCGAUCACGCAGCCUAAUGUUUUCAACUUCGACUCUACGUCGUAUAAUCACAUGUACGAGGAUCUUUACAAUAAGGAUCAGCGUUUGUAUCGCAAUAAUGGAAUUUUGAAUAUGCUUGACCGCAACCGAAACCUGAAAUGGGGUCCGGAGCGAUUCCAGAACUGGGUACCGGGUCAACCGCGCCUGGACCACAUUGCCAAAGGCGAUAAAGGAAGUCUGGGCACUGAAGCCGGCGUUGUCGAUGUCAUCAUCACUUGCGAGGAGAGAUGUUGGGAUGCGGUUGUCGAUGAUUUACUCAAUAGAGGCUCACCAUUGAAUCGGCCCGUGCAUGUGUUUAAUGUUGACAUCCGUGAUAAUCAUGAAGAGGCCUUGACGGGUGGGAAAGCUAUACGUGAUUUGGCUGAUAGGCUGAACACGGCGGCUAAUGAGGAGCGUCAAUUGUAUGACGACCCUGAUUCAUGGGAUAGAGGUGCUAGUGAAGCGAGACAAAGCUUUGAUGAGAAAGUUCCGGAAAUUCUUGGUGCGUGGCAGGAAAAGCAUCCUAAUCUGCCGGCGCUAUGGACAUUGUCGUGGUUUUAG